CUGACGAGGAGCUCUAAUCAAAUCAAAUCAAAUCAAAUCACUCCGCCAAUUCAAAGAUCGAUCCACGUGGAUUCCUUCCCUUCACUCUUCCCACGUAUCAACUCUCACGUAUAUCAUCUGCCAACCUCUGCAGCCUUUCUCUCUUUUUUUUACCUGCAACACUCAUAAAACCCUAUUGAAGCAGGAGAGUAAUUUUCCCCCUUUUUUUUCCUCUUUUGUACAGACAAAUUGCAACCACCGAACGCUUCCAGUUCCCCCAGCCCACCCAAAACAGGCAAACGUUGCAACAUGGAAAAUGGCAUUGCCAGGGAUAUUUUCAAUGCUUACAGAGGUCAAAGUUGUAAUAACACGACCUUCGCCUGGGAAACAGAAGAGCUUCAUCCGUCCAGAUUCUGUUGGGGUAACAACAAUAAUAGCUUGGAAUCGUACCAGUACGCCACUACUACCGCGCCCGUAACCGCCAGGGUGGAGACUGAUGAGUUCGCCACGCACACACAUGGAAGUGCGUCCCACGCGCUGGUGUUCCCUCACCAUCAGGGAAACGGUACUACCACCAGCACCACCACCGACAGCCAGUACUCUCUACACCACCGCAAUAGGUCCCACUUGCAUCCGGACCCGCAUCUCGUGUGCUUGAGGCUUGGGAAGCGGCACUACUUCGAGGACUCUACGUCUAUCGGCGGCAAUGGCUUUUCGAUUGGGAAGAGAUCAGAUGAAGUACCCUAUUAUGACUUUGGUGCCGAUGGGGUGCGGCCAUCCUCGUCGAGGUCGGCGGCCGUGCCUCAGUGUCAGGUGGAAGGGUGCCAGGUUGCGCUCGUGAACGUCAAGGAAUAUCACAGGAGGCAUAAAGUGUGCGAGAAGCAUUCCAAAGCUCCCAAGGUUGUGGUCUUGGGGUUAGAGCAACGCUUCUGUCAACAAUGCAGCAGGUUUCAUUUGGUGUCAGAGUUUGAUGACUCCAAGAGGAGUUGCAGGAAGAGAUUGGCAGGGCACAACCAGCGAAGAAGAAAGACUUCUCAUGACUCUAUCUCAAGAACCUCUUCUCAAGAAGGUGAUGGGAAUAGGAUGACCGAGAGAUUUCAGUACUUGUCAUCGCCGUCGACAGGGUGUGCUCACUCUCUUCUGUCAUCUGGUGCUGAUUCUUGGGUUUCCCCAUCUGAUCUCUCCUCAAGAUCUAGUGCUGCUUUGCGUGAGCUGAUUGAAGAAAAUCGGGCUUCUGUCCUAGCUCGCCAGCUAGUUCUUGACCCUGAUUGGCAGUUGCAUUUGCACCAACACUCAGUGGAGGACCUGGGAGAGGCUCAAACCAGCCCCAGUUUUGUCACAGAAGAGCAGCACCAUCAUCAAUUGCCUGAACCUCAUGGUUGGGAGAGGUUUUCAGCAACUGGGUCGAAUGUAACAUUGGAUCUGAUGCAGGCUUCAAGCUCAGCAGUCAGUAUGUAUUCUGUGAGGGGGGAAAAGCAAGGAAUUGAAGAGGAGGAAUAAUAAAUUAUAAUGCUUUCUGAUUUGUACCAUUCCAUGGAGGGAGCUCAUGUUAUUUGAAUUUAUUGCAAUAAUUCGUAAUCCUACAAUCUAGUGUGCUAGCUACUAGGAUUUGGUCCGAUGAUUUAUUGUCGGACAGUAUAAUUCCAUCACAAGGGAAAUUCAGAAGAAUUGCCAUUGCUUUUUCUCUGUAUCAUAUUUUCAUUUGAACAUAUGAUAAUUUAAUUUCUACAAAUUUUGAUUCAUAUAAGGGAAAUUUUAAUUUUAAUUUUUUUUUACUUUUGUUGAAUGAAAAAUUGUUGAGUGA